UUUUUACCUUUGAAGACAAUGUUAGGACCAAGAUAUGAUGAACAGGUUGCUGAAGAAAAUCGUUUUCACCCGAGUAUGCUAUCCAACUACUUGAAGAGUCUGAAGGUUAAAAUGGGUUUACUGGUAGACUUGACCAACACCACGAGAUUCUAUGAUAGGAAUGAUAUAGAGAAAGAGGGAAUUAAAUAUAUAAAGCUCCAGUGUAAAGGGCAUGGUGAAUGCCCUACACCUGAGAAUACGGAAACAUUUAUCCGUGUAUGUGAACACUUCAGUGACAAGAAUCCAUCAGAGCUUAUAGGUGUCCAUUGCACACAUGGUUUCAACAGAACUGGAUUUCUGAUCUGUGCCUUUUUGGUUGAGAAGUUGGACUGGAGUAUUGAGGCUGCUGUGGCAACUUUUGCUCAGGCUAGACCACCAGGUAUUUAUAAAGGUGACUAUUUGAAGGAAUUAUUUCGUCGUUAUGGAGAUGAAGAUGAUGCACCGUCACCACCUGAGCUACCAGAAUGGUGCUUUCAUGAAGAUGAAGAGGAGGAGGAUGAUAAUGGUAAAGUAGGAGGCCAAGAAUCAGAACCUGGAUCAUCAAGCUCUUCCUUUGGCAAGAGGAGAAAAGAACGUCUAAAACUGGGUGCAAUUUUCUUGGAAGGAAUAACAGUUAAAUGUGUGACCCAGGUGACAACACAACCAAAGUUAGGAGGAAUACAGCAAAAAUGUCAGCAGUUCUGUGGAUGGGAAGGGUCUGGAUUCCCUGGAGCACAGCCUGUUUCCAUGGACAAGCAAAAUAUUAAAUUUUUGGAGCAGAAGCCAUACAAAGUUAGCUGGAAAGCAGACGGCACUCG